AUGGCCGACCCAGCUGGUCAGGGUGUGGACGUAAGCGAUGCUGCGAACGGACCUACGAGAAAAAGAAAGCCAGACCAGCUAGCCAAUCUGGACCGAUACAACUUUCUGCGCCCCUCAAGAGGCGGUAACGAUGACGAUGACGCGGCAGAAGAGGAGGAUGAGCUCCUCCCACUGGACCACUCGGAGCUCAGUUCGGCUAGCUACCUAGCACGGCUCACUGGUGUAGCCUGUCUCGGCGGUCUCCAGUUUGGCUGGGAUACGGGAAUCGCGAGCGGAAUGCUUGUUGCGAUCCAUUCCGAUCUGGGACACGAGCUGAACGAGGGAGAGCAGGAACUGAUCGUAAGCGCUACGACGGUCGGAGCGAUUCUUGGAUCCAUUGUUGCCGGUAGGAUGGCUGACUGGCUAGGCCGCAAAAAGGUGAUGAUCGGCAGCGGCGUCCUGUUUCUCCUCGGUGCGCUAGAGCAAGCAGCAUCACAGGUGGUUAGAGAGCUCGUGCUCGGUAGAGUCCUCGUCGGUCUGGGUGUAGGCAUGGCGAGCAUGGUGGUGCCGACGUACCUGGCAGAAGUGGCGCCUACCAAGGUGCGCGGGAGGAUCGUAGGAAUCAACAGUCUUCUUGUCACAGGUGGUCAAGUGAUUGCAUACUUGAUUGAUGCAGCCUUUUACAACUUGCCUCACGGAUGGAGAUGGAUGGUGCUGGCGGGCGGUGUCCCCGCCGUACUUCAGCUAGUCGGGAUGAUCUAUUUGGACGAGUCUCCGCGCUGGCUCGUUGCGCGCGGUCGGAUCAUCCGAGCCCGAAGAGUGCUACAGCGCAUCUAUCCACAUGCAAGUGUACAUACGAUCGAUAACGAGAUUGACCGCAUAUCGCGCAGUAUGCAAGGCGCUACACAGCACGACUCGGUCGAUCCAGAUGCUUGCCACACAGCCGUUCAACAGGCAGAGGAGGUGCAACAUGAUUUGUCAGCAACGCUGGGCAGAGUUACCGCUGCUCCUGCACAGCUGACCUCGACAGCACGUCAGACGACGACACGUGUCAAGAGCAAGCUCGACAUGCUCCUCCAAGAUCGCACACAUCGACGGGCGCUGUUGAUUGCGUGUGUGCUGCAGUUUUUCCAACAGGCUACGGGAGCCAACAGUCUACUCUACUACUCAUCGCGCUUGCUCAUGAUGGCCGGCUUUGUUGUCAACCCGAACGCCGCGGCGAUCGGGAUAGCGAUUGCUAACUUUGGAGGAACGGUGAUUGCGGUGCGGUACAUAGAUUCGUGGGGUCGCAGAAAGCUUUUGCUGUAUACGACCGCGGCCAUGACUUUGUGCCUUGCGCUCGUCGCCAUCGGAUUCAGUCAGAUCGAUCUGGGGCCUGUCACUGGCACGUCCGAGCAGGGAGAACCUGUCUCCACUUCAUGGCCCUAUUGGACGUUGGUGUUUAUGAUCAUGUUCACUCUCAGCUAUGCAUUGGGGCUCGGAAUCGUGCCGUGGCUGGUACAGUCUGAGAUUUUUUCCGGUCAAGUUCGCGGUGUGGGAGCAGGGUUGGCGACGGCAACCAACUGGAGCACGAAUCUGUUGAUAUCCUCGACGUUUCUGCAUCUCGUCAAACUGAUACAUCCACAAGGCUGUUUUGCGCUUUUCAGCGCGGUAUCAGCACUCAGCUGCGCUUUUACUUACUGGCUGCUCCCCGAGACCGCUGGUGUCAGCUUGAACGACGUUUCGGGUGCUUUGCCCUCGACCGACCGUCCAGGCACGCACGCUCACGCUGCGCAGGCAUAUCAAGCGAUUCCUUCGACAGAGGACGCGGAUGCACUAGAGUAG